CGCACCCGGGGGAGCCCGGGCCGUGGCGGGGGGGACCCGGGCAGGGCCCUCACGGCGCUGCUGAGGCGAUCCCGGAGGGCCCACAUGGGAGGGGGGAGCAAUCACAUGACAGGAAGCGGGCGACACGUGACCCACGCUGCGGCGUGGCUUUGAGGCACAGGCUCUUUUCUCCCGCCGCCCCCCUUCUCCGUUUCCAUGGUGACCGGCGGGCCCGCAGCCCGCAACGGCGACAGAUGCCGGAAGUAAACGCUGCCCGGCGCGACAGCCCCGCCCGUUCCGGCGCAGCUGCCCAAUCAGCGCGCAGGACGCCGCGAGGGGACGUUUAAAUCUCCCGGGUCGGUUGGCGCCUGAGGCGCCGCGCCAUGGGCACCGCCGAGGAUAGAGAUUGGGUCAGCGUUGCCAAUGAUCUUCUAAGGAGCUGUCACAUAAACCAGCACAUAAAGCAUCUCUCAGAAUGUGGUGCUGAUGUGUUUGUUCGUCUUUAUGAGUCAAUCUUGAGAGAAAAAGUACCAGAUUUCAUAGCUACUCCUAGAAGCCAAGAGGAUGAUGCACAUAAUGUGCAAGCAGUAAUAGAUUCCCUGGCAUUGGACUAUUUGCAGGUCAGCUUGUCACACAUCACUGGUGAGAACAUUGUGAAAGGAGAGAAGGAAUCUAUCAGAAACCUCCUGGAAAUAUUUGAUGGUUUGUUAGAGUAUCUUACAGAAGAAGACAGUGAAUCUUCUCAGGAUGGAGAGGAGGCCAAUGUGCUAUCCAGUCAUGAAAUUCAGAUUGCACCUCAGGAGCAGCUGGAAAGCAAUGCUGGUCAACUUACACAGCCUUCAAUAUUCUCAUCAGUUGAAGGGUCCCAGUCAGAAUUUUCUGUUCCAUCUUAUGAUGUAGAUGGCUCAGAAUCUACCAGUGAAUUAAUUAGACUUGGAGAUACAGCCUAUUCGUUUUCCAAGAGAGAGGAAGAAUUCAAGUGGCCUGAAUUGUUACCAGCAGCAAAGGACAAGGGGGUGGAAGCAUCUAAACACUCAGAGGCUAUUACAGUUCCUAGACAGUUCUCUGAAACUGAAAGGGUCACUGUAAAGGAAAAGGAAGAUGGAUCAAUGGAGUCUGUUCAUACUACUGAACCUCAAAAAGGGAGUUUGAGUGCCAGUGCUACAAAACUUGGGGAGCCUAUACAACAAGCUAUUCCUUUGCUACCACCAUUUCAGCCUUCAGAAGGCAGACCUCAUUAUCCUGGAUGGAGAGAUUUUCACAGCUCAGCCAGCCAGUCAGCUGCUUUGGCUGAGAGUCAAGGAGUGACAAUUUCUACUCUUGAAAAGUCACUUACAGAAAAAGCUGAAGAUGUUUCUGGUAGUCCUCCUCUGUCAAGGAAGAUCCCUGUGGGAGACAAGGUGGUAUCAAGUGAUGCUGAGGACAGUGUGGCAAAGGUUCCUUACGUAUAUGAGACUCCUGCAUCUGCUUCCUCUUUACAUGAUAAACUCUCACUACGUGCUGAACAAGUAGAACACACUCCUGAAUCUUGGUACCUGCCUAGAAAGAAAAGCAGGUAUGAAAAUUCUACCACAGAUUCACUUGAAGAGUCUCUUUCCCACAGAACAACAGAGGAAAAGCUAUCUGAGCAAGAGCUUCAUGAAGUGUCAGAAAACAUCUCUCACAGGCUAAAUGAACUAGAUCUAAUGUUAAAGAGAGCUUUGGGUGGGCACACCAGAGAAGAAGAGCUGACAGAUGAAGACAACCUGUCUCAGCACAGUGACAGUGUCAUGGAUUAUCGCCGGAGGAAAGCUGAGCGAGACACACCGUAUCUAAGCAGGCCACGAUCCCUUUCUCCAUCCUCACCCUCAUCUCAGCAUCAACUCUCUUCUGAGUUGGGAGAUAAACCUUCCAGUAAUGGACCAGGCCCCAUAGGGAAAAUACGCAGCCAGCUGCAAAAAGAACGGGAUGAAAAAACAAAAAAUGCAAAGGUGGUUGCUAAAGCUUAUGAAGAUGAACUAAGAAUUUACAAAGCCAGGGAGAGGCUGAGACUUUCCAAGCUCAGAGAAGUCACCAAGGAAAUGGAACAAGAAUACAAAGAAAACAUCUUUAAAGAACCUCCAAAAAUGCCUCAGCCAGUGAAAGUUUAUUCUAGAAAAACCACACCUCGGAAUCCCAAAUACAGCCAGUGGAUUCCAAAACGAGGGACUGUGAAGCCAAAGAAAGCAGCUCCAAUAAAAGUAAGGGGUGAUGACCUCCUACUUCAGCUACUGGAAGAGUUUCCCCACCUGCAUAUUUCCCGCCAUACUAUGAAUAAAAUGUGGCAGCAGCAGCUUGCACAUACUGGACAACUUAAGGCAGCUUCUGACAGAAGCAGAGCAACACUCCAGAAUGAAGUUCAACAAGCUCUGAAGAAGCACGAGCUGCUUGUUGCACUUAUUAAAAAAGAUCAAGACCAUAACAAGAGACUGCAAGAACUUAAGCAACGUAUCCGCAGACAGAAAUGGGCUCAGAAUAAAGUGAGAGAGAAACGCCAGCAAGUGGCUCGAGCCAGGAAAUACUAUGAAGAUUACCGGGUUCAGCUGCGUGCCAAGAUGAUGCGGGCUAGGACACGGGAAGAAAGGAUAUUUAAAAACUUAUUUGAAGAAGGCUUAGAAAUUCAGAGGCAAAGGCUGAAGGACCUGAGAGCAUAUGCUAAAGAGAAGCGUGCUGAGCAAAGGAGAGAGCAUCAAAAUGAGUUGGAGUCUAUGGAGAACUAUUACAAAGAUCAGUUCUCCAUGCUAGCAGAAGCUUUAUCUCAAGAACGCCAAGAAAUCCAAACCAGAGAGAAAGCACAAGCACAAAUGCUACAGAAAACAAAAAGAGAACUGAGAUCAAGGAUGGAAAAGGAAAUACAGCAGCUGCAAGCAGCAAUAAUGCAAAGUGAUGACGACACCUUUUUCCAAGAACUAGAAGCAGACAGACUCAAAUCUAGACUUCAAAUGGUUUCCUUUCAGUACAGCAAAAGCCAUUUCUUGUAAAACUUAUGGUAACUAUCACUGCAGUUCUCUCUGGCAAAGGGGAUGAGAAUCUGAGAGCUGCUCUAACAGGAAGAUGGUGUGUUAUUCUCUAAAAUACCUGGUCUGUCAUUUUGACAUGUCAGAGGUGUAGCUGCUGCUAUCUGGAAUCUCUACAGCACUUUUAUGAUCACCAAUAAAGGUUUUUAACUACUUUCUACCUUCUUAGCAAGGCUGAAAUAAUGCUGGGCUCCACACAAAGGAAA